CACUUCUCUUGAGGAGAAGCAAAGAGUUCAAAGCACGAGAGACUCAAAAACCGAGAAAACUAAGGAAGAGGAAGAAGCCGAAGAAGAAGAAGAAGAAGCUUCGCUUUCGCAGAAGCGGCAUGGCAAAAGUCAACGUAUCGGACUCGGGCACUGUGGGUUCCAGUGUACUGAGUCUUGACUCGAUUAGGGAAUCGUUGAUUAGGCAAGAAGACACCAUCGUCUUCAGCUUGAUCGGAAGAGCUCAGUUUCCCCUCAAUUCCCCUGCGUUCGAAGGAUCUCCUUCUCUAGAUUCUGCAAAUUCCUCUUCCCUCACCGAGUUUUUCGUCAGAGAGAUUGAAUUCCUCCAGGCUAAGGUAGGAAGAUAUGAAAACCCGGAAGAGAAUCCUUUCUUCCUUGACAACAUUCCUCAUUCGGUUUUUCCUACGCACAAAUAUCCAACGGCUUUGCAUCCUAAGGCUUUAUCCGUUAACAUAAACAAACAAAUUUGGGAUGUUUACUUUAAAGAACUGCUUCCUUUGUUCGUCAAGCCAGGCGAUGAUGGCAACUAUCCAUCAACUGCUGCUAGUGAUCUCGCCUGUUUACAAGCUCUUUCAAGAAGGAUUCAUUACGGUAAAUUUGUAGCUGAGGUCAAAUUCAGAGAUGCUCCUCAAGAUUACGAGCCUGCAAUUCGCGCCAAGGAUAGAGAGGCUUUGAUGAAGCUUUUGACGUUUGAGAAAGUAGAAGAAAUGGUUAAAAAGAGAGUCCAGAAGAAAGCAGAAACGUUUGGACAAGAAGUAAAGUGCAUCUCUGACUCUGGUGACGGGAGUGAGAAGAAGUAUAAAGUGGAUCCAUUCCUCGUCUCCCGCAUCUAUGGAGAAUGGCUUAUCCCUCUCACCAAGUUUGUGGAGGUUGAGUAUCUCCUACGUCGUCUCGAUUGAAUUUGAGACCUGAAAAAGCAAUAUUUGUACACAUGAUCAUGAAGCCAUUGUAAAACAGUAAAAAAGAACAAGGGAGUUAAGUAAAAUUAUUUGCACUUGUAUCCAAAUCUGGCCCUGUUAAAAUGGGCCUUGGAUUGAAGUUAAUAAGUGGGCCUUGUGAUGUUUGUCAGGAUAUGAUAGAAUAAUUGAAUGAACAGUCCUCAUUUGUUUAAGAUA